AUGAAUUAUGAACGUCGUAAAGGUAUGUUUUGUUCGGGUCUACUUUUUGGCUUCUGGUUAUUAGUCUUUGUGGCUAUAAUACCUGAUGUGAUUGAUUAUUCAAUUGAAUACCAACGACCAAUUGUACCUGAAUUAUAUAAAAGUUUUCCAUCUCGUAUAACUUUCUGGUGGGUAACACCACUUAUUGUUCGUGGUUAUAAAAAACCAUUAACUGAAGAAGACUGUUGGCAAUUGGAAAUAUCAGAACGAGCUGUUCAUGUUGUUCAUCGUGUACAAGCUUGUUUAGAAGGAACAAUCAAUCGAGCAAAAUCCAUAGCCUAUGAAAAGAGUAAAACGUGGAAUAAAAAUGAUUCCUCAAAUAGAAAGAAAACUCAAGACGAGAAUCAAGAUUUAUUAAACAGAUUGCCAUCAGUUGAAAUAAAAGCAAUACCAACAUCGAAUCGAAAACCAAUCGUUUUUUGGCGUGCACUCUUUCUGGCAUAUAAAGGCAAACUUAUUGCUAGUGGUUUGAUGAAAGUUAUUCAUGAUAUUUUACAAUUUAGUGGACCAAUGAUUCUCAAACAAGUUCUUACUUUUUUAAAUGAUUCAACAGCACCAACAUGGCUCGGUGUAUUUUAUGCUAUUCUACUUGGUGCAACUGUGUUUUGUCAAACAUUAUUUUUACAAGCUUAUUUUCAUCGACAAUAUAUUGUUGGUCUUCGAUUUCGUUCAGCUAUAACUGGACUUAUAUAUCGAAAAAGUUUAAAAUUAUCAAAUUCAGCUAAACAAGGAACAACAACUGGAGAAAUUGUUAAUCUGAUGUCAAUCGAUGCUUCACGUUUCGGUGAUAUUACUUCAUAUAUUCAUGUUUUAUGGUCUGGUAAGUAUCAUAAUUAA